AUGACGGCCCUCAUGUACGCAGCUGCUGACGAUCACGUGGAUGCAGUGCAAGUGCCCCACCCAGACGAGCAUGCAGAGGUAUUGCUAGACUCUGACGCGGACGUGAAUCUGCAAAACAAGGGCUGGGAGCUGAGCAUCUGCUUGCAGGAGGAGUUCACUCCAAUGCCAGUGGUGUCCGUUUGCAUGGUCCCCGCGGAUCAGAUGGGCUUCUACCAGGCCUCGGCAAACCCAAAUGAGGGCUUCAGCCACGUAUGUUGGCAGCUGCCACUGCAGCCACAGAUGGCCCAGAUGAUGCCAGUGCAGCACCUGCCGGCGAUUGCAGUAGCACCAGUGCAACAGCGGCAGCCUGUGCAGAUGCCACAGCCUGCGCAGCAGCUGCCCCUGCAGCAGGUGCAACCGCAAAUGGCAUGUCCGUCCUCAGAAGUUCUGUUGGAUGGGUAUUGGGGCGACACAUACGCAGUUGAGCAGUGCUGCCAAGCUCAGGUCUCUGAAGCUUCAGAGGUCUCCACAGCCCCGUCCGAGGCAUCCCCGCGCUUUGAAAAGGCUCAAGACAUAAGCCAUGCCCAGGCUACCUCGGCUUCAGCGGCCAGACGUCUUCGCCGAAAGCGUGCCGCAGAGCGCAAGGCCAAGGCGGGCGAUGAGGACCUGGCUUACAACUUCGAGUCCCAAAGCCGCUGGGAUGAUCUAAAGCACCGGGUGGAGCAGGGCUUUGAUCUGCAGCACUUGAUAGGCCAUGUGUGGCCGUUGUCUCAGCACAAGGAAGGUUGCCGGUUGGUGCAAACGGCUCUGGAGAAGGCUGGUCGUGAGACGGCCACCAUUUCAUUGGAGCUGCGUGGCCACAUCCUGGAAGCCGUUAAGCAUUCCCAUGCAAAUUAUGUCGUUCAGAAGGCUAUUGCGCAGCUCUCCGUAGCCAGCUCUGCCUUCAUCGUGGAGGAGAUGCAGGGUUCUGCCGCGGUUGUGGCGAGAAACUGCAUGGGGUGCCGCACCUUGUGCCGUCUUGUGGAGUUCUGCAGCACCAACCCUCAGGUUGGCGAGCUCAUGGACGAGCUGAUGUCAGAACUGUGGCACCUAUGUUGCCACUCCUUCGCACACCAUGUCGUCCAGUCUAUCAUGGAGCAUGGUGAGGAGCGGCACAAGCACGUGAUUGCCGACACGCUGCUUGCAGAUGUUAUGCGUUUUGCGAAGCACAAGAACUCCAGCUACCUAGUUGAGAAGGUUCUGUCCAGCUGCAGCAUUGAAGAUCAGGGAACCAUGAUUUGCACUCUUGACCCCCAGAGCAUCCUUGAGUUGGCGAAGACGCAGUACGGCCGCCAUGUGGCGAAGACAGUGCUGCAGGAUCGGCGCUGGUCUGCUACCUGGAGGGCUGGGGAGUUCGAACAGUUCAUCCAACCCUGGAAAGCUGAGCUUGAGAAAGAUCGCUUUGGCUGCCUGUUCCUCAAGGACAUGGCCAAAUCCUCACGCGAGUGA